GCUCCGAAAGCUUAUAUUAGUAUUGAAUAUUAUUUUAUUCAUUAUUAAAGCCAUCAUGGCCUGGAUACACUUUAUAAGCGUCAGCUUAUUUCUACCUUAAUAAAUUAUAUUAGAGACCAGAUCAUUAGAUUUGUCCCUAUUGAAAAUCUAUGUCAUGUUAUCAAUAUUUAUAUAUUUUUACUAUAGAUGCUGAUGUGGUAGUGUCAAAACAUAAAUCCCCCACCUUAUGGAUUUUUAUUGGUGGUCAUCCAUUAUUCAGGAAGAAUCCCAAAGAUUUUUACGGGUGUAUAAAAAGUGUGCAAAUAAAUCAAAUAGACUACGAUAUUCACUCUUAUGAUUACUAUGAAGGUGUCCAUUUCGGCUGCUCCAACUCUUGUCAAAACUCUCCUUGCAAUGGAGGAAUCUGCAAAAAUCGUUAUUCUACCUAUCAAUGUGACUGUAGCAGUACUAGAUAUAGUGGUGUAACUUGCAAUUCAGGUUUGUAAUUUAAAUAAGUAACAGUAUUAGUUGUCAAUCGCUCAGUUUUCCAAAAGAACACACAACACGAUUUAACAAAUCUUCUCUUAUUUGGAAUUUAACAAGAAAGGCAGCACUUGGAGAAAAUUUUGAAUUCUCUCUUAACUAUGCUCUCCCUGCCAACAGCUCUUUCGUCAUCGAAAAAUCAUUAUCAGUAAUAAUCAUUCAUAGCGGAGAAAAGGAUUUAAUGAGUUUGAGAUUCUAUUGUUUAAAUUUGAAGAGAAAUAGUAGCUGUGCAUCAUAUCGUCCUAUUUUAAUUUGGAAGGGAAAAGAAUUACCCUUAAAUAUCACUUUAGAAUAUAACGGAAAUCCUCAUUUUAUUUUAUUCACCUUAAAAGAAAAUCAAACGGAGUUUAAGGUUGGAAAAAAAAUCAUCUCUUAUUCGAUGCGAUCAUGGGACAAAAAAAAUAUUAAAUAUUGGAUUGACUCUAUAACUAUAGGAGAUUUGCAGUUCACAGGAGAUAUAUCGAACGUGAAAAUUAAAACGGGAACGGAAGUUAUCGAACCAAUAGCUGAAAUUUUCGAAAGACGGAAUAACUUUGAAAAAUUGAAUAGCUUGUACUUUAUCAAUAGAAGCCUUAUUGAGGAACCAAUUCCUUUCUCCUCUAAGAUUAUGCUUGAGCCAAAUCUUACAUCAAUUAUAUUUAAACGUCCAAUUUCCUCCAAAAAUAAAUCCUUUGGCGAAUUCUUGAUUCAUGCAAAUAAAGCUUUGAAGACUGUCCAGUCUGAAGGUAAAGCUCAAGAUGGUGUUAAAUUUCACUCCGUUAUUGGAGUGGUGAUAUGUGUAUCUACAAUUGGCGUACUUGUUGCCAUUCUCGGAUUUGUUAUCUAUCGCUCUCGGCCAAGAAAACCAAAAUAUUGCAAUACGGAAGAAACUGAAGGACUUAUCGUUAUGAAUAGAACAUUUAGAAGUAAGGAAAAGCUUGACGAUCAAGCAGAGUGUGACUCGAAUAGCGAUGAGCCAAAGAUAAUUAUAUGUCCUAAAGUUCCAGGAAAACUUCCAUCUUUCUAUCCCGAAAUAGAAAAUUUCCCAAUGAUAGAUGAAGACGUCAUAAGCCCUUUAAUACCAUCUAACGCAAAACAAAAACAAGCUGAAAGUGAUUCUAUAAUCUCUUCUGAAGGACAAUUAGAGUGGGACAACUCCUGUUUAAGUAAACCUAAUCAGAUUGAUCCAAAUCUCUGGUGGGAUCCUUACGCUUUAGAGCAAGAUCACCAAAAGAUGGACAUAAAAGACAGUAGUGAUAAUAUAAAUAAAGCUAUUCCGAUGAGGGAUAUUGACGAGGAUCUCUCAGAUGGUUUUCCAUCCCAAAUGAAAUUAUUUCCUGUUGAAGUGGAAGUUCAUUGUGAGCUUAAAUCUAUGGGAUCUACCAAUUCAGAUGAUUCCUGUCAUUAUGAAGAAACUGCAUCUAAAGAUGUGAGAGACCAAUAUAUGCUGGCAGGAAAAUACAGUUCAUCGUCAAGUAGCGAAGAAAGCUUGUUUGAGAAAAAAGGUGAAGCCAACUUCCUUGAUGACUCAGCAAAACUCGACAAAGAUACUCUCGAAAAAAUAAAUGCUGAAUUUAAUGAGCACUAUUCAGAUAAUGUGCAAAAUGAAGACAAUAAACAAAGUGAAAUUGAAGAUGCUAAUAUACGCUUCAACUCAUACUAUUCAGACGACAAUGCAAAAUCCAUAAACGACCAUCAAACAAACGGUGAAAUUAGUAAGAAUGUAAAUGAAUCUACAAGUGGAGUACCAAUAGAUAAUGAUGCUAUGGAGAGGAAAAGGCUUCGUUUUAAGUAG